UCUGUUUCUGUUUUUGUUUCUCUUUCUCUUUCUCUUUCUAGAUCCUUUUCUGAUUCUGAUUCUGUUUAUGUCUCUGAUUCUGUUUCUUUUUUCAGUUUUUGUAUCUUUUCUGUGUCUGUUUCUGAUUCUGAUUCUUUUUCGUUUUCUGUUUCUAUUUCUGUUUCUGUUAAAGUAUCAAUUUCUGUUUCUUUUUCUGUUUCUGUUUCAGUUUCCAUUUCUGAUUCUCAUUCUGUUACUAGAGCUGAUUAUGUAUCUGUAUCAUUUUCAGUUUCUGUUACCGUUUCUGUUUCUGUUUCUUUAUCUUUUUUUGAUUCUGUUUCUAUUUCUGUUUCUCUAUCUGUAUCUGUUUCUGUUUCUGAAUUUGUUUUUUAUUCUGCUUCUGUUUCUGUUUCUAUAUCUGUUUCUUUUUAUCUUUUUGAUUCUAUAUCUAUAUCAGUAUCUGUUUCUGUUUCUGUUUAUGUAUCUCUUUGUGAUUCUGUAUUUGUUUCUUGUUCUGUUUCUGGUUCUGCUUCUGAUGCUACUUUUGUUUCUGUUUAUGUUUCUGUUUCUGUUUCUGUUUCUAAUUAUGUUUAUCUUUCCGAUUAUAUAUCUGUAUCCAAAUCUGUAUGUGUUUCUGUUUUUAUUUCUUAUUCCCAUUCUGUUUCUGUUUCUGUUUCUGUUUCUAUUUCUGAUUCUGUAUCUGUUUCUUUACUUGAUUCGGUAUCUGUAUCUAUUCUUUUCUGUUUCUGUUUUCUUUAUGUUUCUUUAUCUGAUUCUGUAUUUUCUCUAUCUGAAUCUGUUUCUGUUUCUGAAUUUGUUUUUAAUUCUGUUUCUGUUUCUGCUUCUAUUUCUGUUUCUUUUUCUCUUUUUGAUUCUAUAUCUAUAUCAGUAUCUGUUUCUGUUUCUGUUUAUGUACCUCUUUGUGAUUCUGUAUUUGUUUCUUGUUCUGUUUCUGGUUCUGCUUCUGAUGCUUUUUUUGUUUCUGUUUAUGUUUAUGUUUAUGUUUCUGUUUCUGAUUCUGUUUAUCUUUCCGAUUUUAUAUCUGUAUCUGAAUCUGUAUGUGUUUCUGUUUCUGUUUGUGUUUUUGUUUAAGAUUCUGUAUCUCUUUUUAUUUCCGUUUCUGUUUCUCUUUCUGAUUCAAUAUCUUGUCUGA